GGAGGUGGGUGGCAAGGUCAGGUGUGGAAGGGGCUUCCUGGGGGCUCGGUGGCUUCUUGUGUUGUUUGCCCAAGUUGGGAAUGUAAAACAUUCCACCAGGGAAUGGAUGGAGAGAUGCUCCGUGGCUGCUGUCCCUGCUGUGCGUUUGCAGGGUUGGGCCUUUGCGCAAUGGUUGUGGUGCAGCACAGUUGGGGGUAGCAGGAGAGGGCAUGCUCUGACCCCACCAAGCUGGGGACAAGGGACAAGGGACAAGGAACAAGGGACAAGGGACAGGGGACAAGAGACAAGGACGUGCCUGCCCUGCUUGCCCUGUCCUCACAGGCCCCAUGAGACACAGCAGGCUGGCGCUGUCACCUCCGCUCAUGUGUGCUUGUCACCUCAUGCUCGGUGACACCAGCCCGCUCUCUCCCAGAGCCAUUAAGGGACCGCACAAGCUUUCUAAUCAGCCAUGGGAAGCACCACCUAUUAGCACUGCUCCUCUUUGUGUUCUUGAUGGAUUUUUUUGAAAGCCUCACUCGCAGUGCCUCUCCGCUGUUGGCUUUUGUUUUGUCCUCAAUAGCUUGUCUAAUAAAUGCCAUUAUCUCGGGCACAAAUCUCCUUCAUGUCUCAAUUCCGAGCCGGUAGCGAUGGCGGAGUGGUGGCACUUUGAAAAGGGGCACUGGAAGGGCUGCCAUCGGCUCCCACACCUGUCCUGGAGCAGAUAAGGACGGAGCACACGUGGGCACGCAGCACGGGGGUUGGUGUGGGAGCGGUGGCGAUGGCAGCAGUCCUUGCAGCCCCUGCCGCCCCGCUCAUUAGAGACAGCACACUAACAGUCUGGAAUCCUCUCUAAUUCCAAGGGCUUGAAGGGGUGAGGAGUGAAAGGUUGCAGGGUGAAGCCAUGAGAAGCGUUUCCUGCUGCUUGGAGGAGCUCUCUGCAGCCAGCAUAGCGGUUGGGUGCCUGCAUGGCUGCAUGGGGCUGGCACCUGCAUUGCCCCAGCUCCUGUCCUCCCCUUUAGCAGCAGCACUUCAACCUCUCAGCACGUAAGGCAGCACAGCGUUUUGUUUAGUGGAAUCUUCUCUCUCUUUUUCUUCCCCCCCCCCCCCCCCCCCCCCAGCUCAGACCUUGCAUUUUAAAGCACACGCUCCAUGCGUGCAGCAUCCAGACGUGCUCUCGGCUUUCCCCCAAACGUAAUUGCUUCCAAACUGCAGAUAGUUGGCAAAAGCAAUUUUCUCUACAUUAGGGAAGGCUCCGGCACAUCCCAGCCCUCUGCAGUUGCUCUCCCAGCCCUGCCUUCUCUCUGCAGCUGUGCGGUGCUCGGGGCCUCUGUAGUCCUUCCCUUGCCUUGCCUUCCUCUGUGCUGAAACUGGGGCUGUUGUGUUGCCCCUCAUUCUGCCCGGCUGCCUUUUGUCACCCCCUGACGGAGGACAGCCUUUGGCUGUGCAAUGGCUGUGCCCUGCCCCAGCUGGACUUGGAGAAGCAGGACCUCGUGCCAAGGACCAGAUCUUGCAAAUGGAGUUAAGUCGUGUGUAAAUGCACCUAAGCCGGCUCUGUGCAUGCUGCAGCCUCCCUGCCCUGCGCUGAGAACCCUUGGGUGCUGCUCUGCUUGGAGAGGAAGAUGGGCACCUCCCAAGGACGAUGUGUUCAUUUCCAAGGGACUGGGCUUGGUGCGGAGGGGCAAACACUGGAGUGUGCCCCCACAGGUACCACUGCUAGCAGGCUUGGUACAUGUUAUAAACAGAACCAUAGAACCAUUUGAGUUGGAAGAGACCCUUAAGGGGGGCAUCAGUGCAACCCCUUGCAAUGCACAGGGACACCCACAGCACAUCAGAGCCCCCCCCAGCCUGACCGUGGUGUCUGCAGGGAUGGGGCACCACCACCUCUCUGGGCAACCUGUGCCAGCACCUCACUGCCCUUAGGGUACAAAACUUCUUCUUACAUCCAUUCUAAUUCUCCCCUCCACUGCUCCCCUUGGGGCCUCAGACCCAGAAGGGCUGUUUGGUGCUGGUGGCUUCAGCUGCCCCCCAAAGUCUGGCGCACUGUGCCUCAUGUAAGUGGGUCUUCUUGCAGCUGUAUCCUUCCAGCUGCGUAGCUACAUGCUGUCUUAAUAGUGUCAAGCUCACAAUGAGCUCGGGCAAUUUGCUUUAUAAAGCAACGCACUAAAUGUGUCAACACUCAGCGCAUGUUUUUAAUAUAAUAUUUCAGAUUGUUUUGAAAGAAGCCAAGAUCCUUCUUUCCCUCUUCAUUAGGAGCGCUUUAUGUGAAAGAGAUGAACAAUAGAGAGCGUGUGCCAGGGAGGAAGCUUUCCCAAGUAUUUGUUGCUGCUGAGAAAUCAGCUGCUGCUUACAAUGAAAAACUUCAAUGCAUAGCUACGGGGGUAAUUAAGCAGUACACGAGCUGUCAAGGGAGGCUGCAGGAUCACUAGGCGAGAGGUGAUGGCCUUAAGUUGCACCAGGGGAGGUUCAGGUUGGGAAGUGGGAAAAACUUGCUUUGAAAGAGUGGUAGGCACUGCAAUGGGCUGCACAGGGAGGUGGGUGGUUGGGUCACUGUCCCUGGAGGUGUUCAAGCACCGUAGGGCACUGAGGGGCACAGUGAGUGGGAGGUGUUGGUGGUAGGUGGAUGGCUGGGGGAGGUGAUCUUAGAGGUCUUCUCCAACCUUAAUGAUCACCGCUGCUGGAGGUGGUGAGGCAAUGCUUGACCACGUCCAUUGGGCAUGGUGAAAGUCCUGCCUCGAGAAGGGGGGAGAUGAGAAGAGCCCCCAUCAGCUCCUGUCUCUCCAUGGGAUGGAUGGCAGAAGGAUGAUGUGACGGCUCUGCCAGGAGCUGUCUUGGGCUGGGUUGGCAAAUCGUGCUCUGUUUAAACCCAGAAAUGAAGGCUGUGGCUUUUAACUCACUUCCCAGCAGGAUCGUGGGUGGGUUCUUCUGCCGCGCUUCUGGCCUCCAGCUGGGAGACUUGAUCUGGUUCCAUGAGAAGGGUAAGACCUUUCGUGUGGCUGGCUGCAGUGCUCCGUUCUGACUGGUGCUAGUCAGAUAUAAUCCAGCUGAACCACUCUCAUCAGGGAAACUGGGUUCCUGUCUCUUCUUCCAGAGCUCCUUUCAUCUUGAGAUGGAGGAAACUUUCAGGGAAGCUGAAACUUUGCCUUAUAGCUGGAGGCCGUGGCUGAGGGUGGAUGGGGCUGUGAUGAAGCAGCAGCUCUCCAACCAGCACAUCCCCUUGGAUGGGGGUUCCUGUGAUGCCCACUGCGCCAAGGAGCUGUGCUGGGACCCGGCUGCCCCGGGGAUGUGUUGGGAUGGGGGUGACCUGGAGCAGAAGGUCAGCAUCCUCUUGUGUGCUCAGGACAGGAGGAUUUGGCUUUUCUUCACUUCCUGCUAAUCCCGCUGCUGAAAUAUUCCUCCUGCAGAUCUGUUGGCCUUUUUUCCCCUUUUUUUUACAGCUCCUAAAUGGAGAGUUUAAGCUCAUUCUUUUCUUUUCUGUGAAAGAGGCAGUAAAUCCUUUAUCCUGGCUGGCUAUUUCUGUGCGUGCAUUUCCUCAUUGUGCUGCAGCUUGUCGGCUGUGUCAAAGCCCAGAAGCCUUGGCCUCUGUUGGAUUCCAGGUUGGAUUUCUCAGUAUUUAACAACACAGCCUCACUCGGACCAACAUUUCUUUUCUCUCUUUUCGGUGUCUUUUUGCAAAAAUACCUGUCUAAAACAAGCAUUGACAAAAGGGAGCAAGCAGGGAGGUAAUGGCUUGUCAGCUCCGUCCUCAGCACGGCCUGGCCAUGGAUUUUGGCAUUCAGGGGGAUUAGCAGGUUUAGGAGGGUGGCUGCUGUGUGUUGUGCCAGCAGUGGUGGCAGGGCUUGGGCACCUCCCAGCAUUGCUGUGGAGCCGUGCUGGUGCUCUUUGAAGGCGAUCUGGGCUUACCACUGCGGCCGUGCACCCAGCUGCGGUGGCUGGUUGUGCGAGAACAAGGAGAUAAACAAUAGGAACUGUGAUUAAUUAGAGGAGCUAAUUAGCGGGGUUCUUGGCCAGGCUAGAGCUCGGGGGUAAAGCAUCAAGAUGAGAAGACUCCUUGGCUGUGUACAGCUCAGGUAGGGGGACCGGUAGUGCUCAAGGUGUUAAUUAUUGCGCCCUAAUUCGAGUCAGCGGAGUCGUCUCGGAAGCGGUGCUCUUCUUUGCUCUUCAUUUGCAAACCUGUGCAAGGACCACGAUCAGCAAAUACAUUUGCAGCAGGCGCGUGGCGGGCCCAGAGAUUUGGAAGAAUCCUCAGCAAAUAUUUGCCCGCCUCCACGGUGAGCCUCGCGGAUGCUUCUCCUGACCUGGAUGCUGAAUGUGAUUGGCAGCUUUGGGUAGGAUGUCAGACCUUGGGACGGGGCCAGGAGUGGCUGCUGCUGGACACUGAGGCUAACAGCAUUUCCUUCAGUCCCUUUCUCCCUCCUGCCCUUUUGCUGUGCAGCACGUGGCUAACUUCAGAUGUGAUACACUUGACUGCAUCCCUUGUAGGAGCACAUCAUUCCCAUUAAAAGGUGGCUGCAGCUAAAUACCAUUUGCUCAGCGAGGUCUAAAGCGGUGCCCUUUGGAGUGAUUGGGAGGCACGGCCACUUUCCUGAGGACAGGAGACUAUUUUUCAGGGCGCCUUCUCUUUAUUAUUAAUUUGCUAAGCACCGACUGAUCAACACUGAGAUGCAAAGAAAACGGAUGUGAGCUCUGCCACGGAGAUCUCACGGUGAAAUAAAUGUAUUAAAUCAUACCCAGGCUGGAGAUAAUAGCAGUGCGUGCAAAGGUGAAGCUGGUCAGAAGAGGGGUGAAAAUUCUUUCUUCUCCAUCAGGCAAGGGCCUUGCUGCUUGUUUAGGCAAACAGGAGGCGUUGUUCCAAGGACAUCUCAUCACUUACAACGUGCUUGUGGAGGAGAGCUCCCUGACCAUAUGGGUCCACUGAGCUCGGUCCAUUCCUUCCCAUGAAUGGGCACUUGGCUUCAUUGGCAUACAAAUGACUUUCCGGAGCCCAUCCUUCCCAGAAAUGCAUAUCUGCCUCAAACUUGGGAUGAUUUUCCUUGCUUCCUGAAACAGUUAUGUGAGUCGGGUUUCUGCAAACUGUGCAGAGGGGGAAAUUCUUCCUGAGCAUCCUAUUGCUGUGAUCAUGGUUAAUGAAGCUUCUGCCAGAUCUGUCCCAAACUGUGCUCACGUUGUUAUGCGCUCAGAGCCCCGAUAUCCUCCAGCAAUUACAGUGCUGUGACUCAGGCAGUGCGUUUUGUGCCACAGCUUGGGGGAACCACAGGCUGUCUCCUCCCAGUCCCGGGUGCCCAACUAAAAAGGUUAGAGACCUUCUUUAAAGAAAAGGAAUUAAAACAUUCCCCACUGGUCAGGAUUGUCUGUAGACAUUUUGCCACGCUCAGAAGCGACCGCUUGGACUUUUAAAUACACGUCAACCCAGGGCCACGAAGACGGCUAAAGCAAACUUAAUUUUAAUUGAUCGAUUCAGGUGGAAAAUCUAAUUGAUCUGAGUAAACAUGAGGUCUUAAUUUCUGGGGGGGAGUAUAUUUCGUUUUGUCUGUCUGGCCAGCCGUAUGUGUAUGCAUGUGAGAGCUCUUAGGCACGAGAUGGUAACUCAUCACUGAGGCUGGGUCCAAGCCUGGCUGCAGGAGGAGGUUGCCCAGCAGGGAGGUCUGCUCUGUACCUUGUACUCAACAGGAGGGUCCUCUGCAACCCUCCUCCCUCUGGUUCCUGGAGGAGCUGCUUGAGCCCCAUCGCUGAAGAAGUCUGCCCUUGGCCCCAACAUCUGGAUCAGACAGAGAUGUCUGGCUUUAAUGGACCCCUUCCUUCUUCCCUGCCUCGUACCACCGUGUGAGCCAUCUUGGUGUGAUGGGAGGCAGGCCUCACCCCUCAGGUGGGCUGCCAUCUUGAUGUGACUGAAAUGCAAACCUGAUGAUGAGAGGAGAUGGCCUCACGUUGUGCCAGGGGAGGGUCAGGUCGGAUGUUAGGAGAAAUUUCUUCUCAGAAGGAGUGGUAAGGCACUGGAAUGGGCUGCCCGGGCAGGUGGUGGAGUCACCAACCCUGGAAGUGUGCAAGAACCCAAAGACAUGGUUAAUGGGCAUAGUGGGAUGGGUUGGGGUUGGACUUGGUGGCCUUCAAGGUCUUCUCCAACCCUAACGACUCUAUGAUUCUGUGAUCAUGGUGGGCCUGAAAUGCAGGCCUAGUGUUUGAAUAGCAAAUCACUUUCUUGGUAUGAAUAGCAAAUCACUGUCUUGGUAUGAAAGUGUGUCUUGCAAACAGACUGAAGAUAUCUUUAGCAUCAAGGGCUGGCAGAAGUCAUCUUGAGGAGGUUAAUCUGCAGGCUGGCAUUCCAUGUAACUUACCCCUGUGUUGUGUGUGGCAGUGAAACUGAAUACAGACAGCCAUCAGAACCUGGCUUUAGGGUGAGGUUCACCCCAAGGGAGCCAGGCCCAAUUUAUGUAUAAAAUUCCUCCUUUAAAACUUGCAAGAUUUCAGAAAAAUGCAAUUGCUAUACCCAGGAUGAUCCUCCUGAACAAUUUCCCUUAAUGUGGUUUUGAUUCUGACUGCAUAAAGUGGUAACAGACACUCAGUGGGAUGCCUUUUAGUUGGUGCAGCAGUGCAUCUAAACAAUGCACCGAGUUGCAAAAGACUACCAGGAAAAGUUAAAUAAAAACAAAAACUGAAAAUAAAAAUAAUGGAAAUGAGCUGAUCGACGAACCAAACCACCUCAGCGUUUCUAUCUUUAUCCGUACUGUGGAUAACCCAUGUUAUUUUUCUCAUCCACACCAAUGUCUGUCAUGUACCCAAGCUGAUUCUACAACUAGCCCGGAGUCUGAGCCCCCUCAUUCCAACAGCAAGGGGUUCGAGGUUCCCAGCCUGGACAUCUAACGAGGGGCUUUGGCUAAUAAUAAACAAUGGUAACUUAACCAUGGGCCAGCUAUUUAAGUCUGCAGCUUCACAGGAAACUAUGAGAUAUAGCCAAAUGGCCAGCGCAGCCCAUGCCAAACGCUGGUAUUAAAUUGCCCGGGGGUUCUAUUUUGAAUGCUGCUUCCCAAGUAUGUCCUAGAAAAGCAGAUUGGACUCAAGUUUAUGCAUGCAAGCUAUUCAAGGAUGAAAAUUCAGAUGAGUGCUUGGAUAGAUUAAGAGAAAUGUUUGUAAGCAAGCGAAGCUUGCACUUGUUUCAGUCUUUGUUCAAGGCUUGGGUUCUAUAAUUUCUGCAAAUACUCAUAGUAUAGUGAUGGGCUGGGAAGGAAGAAGUAUAGAGGAAAUAUUAGCUGCUCAGUGUCUUCAUAGCACAUCCAAGAAAGGAGAGGAGGGCGGACAAACUACAGAUUCAGCAAUUAGAAAGUGCAUACAUCCCCAUUAGCAAGAGUGUGAGUAGGAUAUCUGGCCUCUGAGGGCGACCGAGUUCAAACCCUAUUCAACCUAUGCAUGCUGACCAUCAGUGCCAUAUUUCUAAGCAGCCAGGUGCCUGGAAAUUCAGAUGCCACAUUUUUUUCUGCAGGUACUCAUUGGGUGGAUGAGCACGUGUAGCACACGGUGUGUGUAGCACAUGGCACACGUAUCAUGGGGUGGCCUGAGGGACAGUGACGCUGCCCCUAUGACAGUCAAACCCACGACGAUCACAGGCUGAGGUGGGGACUCGAGGCUGUGCUUUCCCAUCCUGACACCCCCUGUGCCUUCUCCUCCCCAGCACCGUGCACCCUGGAGCCAUGAGCCACCCCCAGCAGCCGCAGAGCCGCCGGAGCAGCCCCCUGUGCCCACCCCCCCGGUGCUGAUAGCCCCCCUGCUGCAGCCACACGCGGCCCUCCAGAGGUCUCACACCUAGCAGCGGGUCCCUGCAGGACUCCAGCUCCGGGCUCUGUUCCAGGGCUGGUCCCAUGAGCCAGGAAGGCUUGCACUGCCCUUUGCACCCGGGGCCGUGGCUCCCCACCCUUGCUGAGCUGCACAGGACCCCCCUCCAGCACCCAACACGAAGCUGCUGCACUCUGCUGCCACGGUGAGAGAUAGGAUGUUAGCUGGGGAGGCGAGUAUGCGCAGCCCAAUCCUGGCCUGCUGGCAGCCAAUUCUCCUCCUGAUGCUGGGAUCCAUCCUGUCCGGCUCUGCCACGGGCUGCCCUCCGCGCUGCGAGUGCUCUGCCCAGGAGCGUGCUGUGCUGUGCCAUCGGAAGCGAUUCAUGGUCGUCCCGGAGGGGAUCCCAACAGAGACCAGGCAGCUGGACUUGGGUAAGAACCGCAUCAAGACGCUCAACCAGGAUGAAUUUGCCAACUAUCCUCACCUUGAAGAGCUGGAGCUAAACGAGAACAUUAUCAGUGCCAUUGAACCUGGGGCUUUCAACAACCUCUUCAACCUCAGGACGCUGGGGCUCAGGAGUAACAGACUCAAGUUGAUCCCCUUGGGGGUGUUUACCGGACUCAGCAACCUUACCAAGCUAGACAUUAGUGAGAACAAAAUUGUGAUCCUCCUAGACUACAUGUUUCAGGACUUGUACAACCUGAAGUCUUUGGAGGUAGGGGACAACGACCUUGUCUACAUUUCCCACCGGGCCUUCAGCGGCCUCAACAGCCUGGAGCAGCUGACCCUGGAGAAAUGCAACCUGACCUCCAUCCCCACGGAGGCCCUGUCUCACCUGCACGGCUUGAUUGUGCUGCGGCUGCGCCACCUGAACAUCAACGCCAUCCGGGAUUACUCAUUCAAGAGGCUGUACAGGCUCAAGGUCCUCGAGAUCUCACACUGGCCCUACUUGGAUACCAUGACAUCCAACUGCCUCUAUGGGUUGAACCUGACCUCCUUGUCCAUCACCCACUGCAACCUGACGUCCAUCCCGUAUGUGUCGGUGAGGCACCUGGUUUACCUCCGGUUCCUGAACCUGUCCUACAACCCCAUUGUCACCAUCGAGGGCUCCAUGCUCCAUGACCUGCUCAGGCUGCAGGAGAUCCAGCUGGUGGGAGGGCAGCUCACCACGGUCGAGCCCUUUGCCUUCCGUGGCCUCAAUUACCUGCGCAUCCUGAACGUGUCAGGAAACUUGCUGACCACUCUGGAAGAGUCGGCCUUCCACUCGGUGGGCAACCUGGAGACGCUCAUCCUCGACAACAACCCCUUGGCCUGCGACUGUCGGCUGCUGUGGGUGUUCCGACGGCGAUGGAGGUUGAACUUCAAUAAGCAGCAGCCCACCUGCUCUACCCCCGAGUUCGUCCAGGGCAAGGAGUUCAAAGACUUCCCUGACGUCCUCCUGCCCAACUACUUCACCUGCCGCCGAGCUCGGAUACGGGACCGCAAACCUCAGCAGAUCUUUGUGGACGAAGGCCACACGGUGCAUUUUGUCUGUCGGGCAGACGGGGAUCCGCCACCCGCCAUCAUGUGGCUCUCUCCCCGGAAGCACCUCAUCUCCACCAAAACCAACGGGCGGCUCACUGUCUUCCCUGACGGCACGCUGGAGGUGCGCUACGCCCAGAUCCAGGACAACGGCACCUACCUAUGCAUUGCCAGCAACGCGGGUGGCAACGACACCAUGCUGGCCCACCUGCACGUGCGCAGCUACUCCCCAGACUGGCCCCACCAGCCCAACAAGACCUUCGCGUUCAUCUCCAACCAGCCCAACGAGAGCGAUGCCAACAGCACACGUGCCACCGUGCCUUUUCCCUUUGACAUCAAGACUCUCAUCAUCGCCACCACCAUGGGCUUCAUUUCUUUCCUGGGCGUCGUGCUCUUCUGUCUGGUGCUCCUCUUCCUGUGGAGCCGGGGGAAAGGCAACACCAAGCACAACAUUGAAAUCGAGUACGUGCCACGCAAGUCCGACGCGGGCAUCAGCUCUGCCGACGCACCGCGCAAAUUCAAUAUGAAGAUGAUUUAACCAGGCAACAAUUUGCAAAUAGUUUUGGGUUUUGUUUUUUGUUUUUUGUUUUUUUAAACAAAGAGAACCUAUGAACAAAUAAAAAAGUGAUUUAAAAACAUUGGUACAAACAUACCGACCUCUCUCCUUCCACCACGCCCUCCGCCCCAGUCCAAACUCUCUGCACCUGCACCGUCACCACCUCUUUCUCCUCCUCUUCUUCUUUAUACCAGGAAAACAUUCAGCCGAUGUCUUCAGGACUCCUGUGUUUGUAAGGACUUUGUCUGAUAGACUCUGGUGUCAGAUAUAAUUCUGAGGGGGAAAAACAACAAGGGGGGGGAAAUAAACUUUAAAAAAAAAAAAAAAAGAAAUAAAAUCAAUAAAAAGUUACAAACUUUCUUCUGUAACUUUGAUUUCAAUAAUUAUGAAUUUUUAUGAAAACUUGAAAUAAUAAAAAACCCUAUUUCCUAUA